AUGGAUGAUGAUGACAAAUUAAUUGAUGAAUUUAGACACAACAAACAUAAUAAUCCAUCUAAUAAAAAGGUAGUCAAAUGUGAACCUAAGAAUUCUAAGAAUAAAAUAGAUUUAAUAACGACCACCAAGUCGACAAUGGUUAUAUGCUUGAACAUGAUCAUGAGAAAUAAAUUUGCCUCUGCCUCCUUCGCUAUCUUAUUUGCAAUGAUGUUUAUGAAAUAUCAGGAAGAGAAGCAUCACUAUUUAAGCAAGUUUAAAUCAUUAGAUGAGAAGGAAUCAUUGUAUUCGAUUCUACAGGUGCCACCAAAAGCAGAUUUUGCUACCAUCAAGUCUAAUUAUAGAAAACUAUCACUCAAAUGGCAUCCGGAUAAAAACCCGGGUUGCGUGGAAUGCCACGAGAAGAUCAAAAAGAUUAGGGAGGCAUUUAAUAUUCUUUCCUCACCUAGACUUAGAGAAGUGUAUGAUAUGGAACAAGGCAAAACAUUUGACAUAAUUUCUUCCAACACUGAAGACAUUGAUUAUUAUAAUUUCAAGAGUGUUGUAAAAGAUUCUGGCAAAUUGUGGCUUGUGCAGAUUUAUUCUGAUGUUGAAGAAUCAUGUAAAGCGUUUGCCCCAAUAUGGGAGGAUUUGGCCAAUAAAUUUAAUGGUCUACUCAAAUUUGGACGUAUUAAUGCUAUGAGAGAUAAAUCAACACUCAAAUUACUACCUAUAAACAUCAAAAUCUAUCCCACCGUACUGUUAUUUGAACCAAACGGAAGUUAUAAGAUUAUGCCAAAAUAUUCUAAUGCCAAUUUGAUAUCAAAGUUUUUAUUUGACAACUUCCCCUCUAAUGUCGCUAUUGUCUCAGAUUAUCAUGCAUUUUUAAAAAAACAUGACCCAAGACCUUCAUUACUUUUCAUAUCUACAUUGUAUAAGGAACCUACAAUAGCGAUUAAAGCUGGAGAAGCAGAGCUUGGCGGAUCUCUUGGAGUUUACUAUUUAUAUACUGACCAUGAGUCGUAUAAGGAAAUUAUUACUAAAAGUGGACAAUCCAACCUAAACCCAGAAUUUCCUCAAGCUUAUAUACUAUUCAGUCCUAAGAUGAAGAAGAUUGUUUACUCCGAGUCGCUCAAUAAUUUGAAGAUAACGAAGAAGUUGACAAAGAAAAUAUUUUCUACAUGUUCAAAACACUCAGUAUUGAGUAUUAACACUGCCAAUCGCGAUUAUCUAUGCCUUCCAGAAAACAAUGAAACUAGAUUUUGCGUCGUUACCAAGAACAAUGUGAUGGAUGAUGUAGUAGGGUUGUCAUCUAUUGAAGAGGAGCACCCAAUACAGGUUGUUAUACAUAGAGGCAGCGGUAUCUUGCCCAGUAUAACUCAUGGGAUGGAUUACAUAUUGGAUAUUAGUAGAGGCAGAUUUUGCGUUCUGGGUAAUAACAGAUAUACCUGCAAUGCACAGGAGGGAUGGCAAGAUGAACUAGCACUCGGUAUAUCAGAUUCGUUGAGUUGGCAUCCUUUACCAUCUCAGUGCAGGACAGGAGACAAGAUAAAUGCGGUUUGGUCUUGCAUGGAGCCAAAUACUAUCGGAAGAUUUUUAUAUACCAUAUUCAGUCCUUUAAGACAGUUAGGUAUAUUGUAA